AUGGGCAGCAUCGAUGUGGCGGGAGAUGGGGAAGAGGAUAGCCACUGGCUGCGAGGACUUCGCAGCAGGCGCCUGUCGCAGCCCGACUCUCCCGGCUCGGCCGAGGCCGAGGAAGAAGGGUCCUCGCCCGACCUGGAGGCCCUCCGGGCACGUCAGCAGAGGCUGAGGGAGCUGAAGGCCGGAUUGGCGGCGGCUCACUUGGAGGAUGAGGAGGAGGAAGAGGAGCUGGAGGAGGAGGACGAUCCGGAGGAAGAGGAGGAAGACGAGGUGACCUCAGACUCGCCGGAAUCCUUGUCCGGUCCGUCCCAGGCAUCUGUCGGCCAGGUGAACUCGGGCUCAGCGCCCGUUGGGGUGCUCGUGCGGUGCCGGCCCUUGUUGAAGGAGGGAAGUCGCAUCAAGCUCUCUGCCAGUUCCGCGAAGAGCGGCAAGGUGAUGCUACGGCUCCAGCCUGAAGAACAGAGCAGGAGCAGGCAAUCCGAACCCAAGGUUUUCCGCUGCAAUGGCUUCAUCAGCGAAGAAGGGACGCAAGCAGAUGUGUUUGAGCACGUUGCUCCCGUCGUGGACAGGGUGAUGGAAGGCUACAACGGCGUCGUGUUCUGCUACGGAAUCACAGGAUCCGGCAAAACCCACACGAUGAGUGGCCCGCCAAAGGAGCCCUUGGCGAAGCAAGUCAAGGAUCCGGCACCCCCAGAGGUGAUCGCUGCGCAGCAGGGCAUUGUCCAGCGCGCCGCCAAGCGGAUCUUCGAGUUCAUCCGGGACAGGAGUGCGCGGGGUGAGAUGUUCACCGUCGAGGCGUCCUUCUUGGAGAUCUACUCUCCCGAUGGAGCGCGUGAGAAUUUGAUCGACCUCCUGGCAAACAAAGCUGACGAGGCCAAGCUGGAGGUCAAGCAGGAUGCGCUGGUGGGCCACAAGGCUUUCAUGUGCGAGGGCCUGAAGUCGGUCCCCAUCCGGUCUCCAGACGAAAUGCGCCAGGUUCUGGAAGGCGGCCGCCGCCGAUGCACCUACAUGGAGACCUCCAGGAACUGUGUGUCUUCGAGGUCGCACUGUCUCUUUACCGUGGUGAUCGAAUCGACCUCCAGCUCCUCCAUCAGGGAUACAGACCCAGAUGUCCGGCGAGGGAAACUGGUCUUGGUGGACUUGGCUGGGUCGGAAAGCUUGAAAAAGGUGAUGGCCGUCCAGGAGGCAAACGAAGAGCUCAGAAGGAAGCAGGCGAUCGGAAUCAACAAGGUUCUCACACACCUGGGCGCCGUUGUGAAUAACCUCAACGCAGGCUACGAGAACAGCACGGGCUUCCGGAACUCGGCCCUGACCAUGCUCCUGAGGGACUGCCUGGGGGGUGGCGCCCGAGCACUGCUCGUGGCGAACAUCGGCCCCGAAGCCGACUGGUCCAGCGAGACCGCCAUGACGCUGAGGUUUGCGCAAAAGAUGAUGAAGGUGAAGAACGUAGAGCAGAAAGUGGUCAUCGAUGCCUCCCAGAGCCUUGGCAGCAUGCUUUGUUAG